CUACUCCAGAGCAGCUGGGUUAAACUCUAGGACACACUGACGCCGAGGGGUCCAGGGACACAAACCUCUACUCCUGGGACUGCUGGGCUGGCGUGGUAAGACAUCAGGAGGUGCGCAGGCAGACCGCUGCACCCUGACCUUUUUAAAGGGGCAGUCUGGGAUUGGGACACAUCCUGCUGGAACAUGGAUAUCCUGGAUGUUUAGUGAGCAGUGAUGAGUGACAGGGAGGCGGCUCAGGCCUAUGUCCUUCUGUCAUCACGGGGCCACCAGACAGCCCUCCACCGAGCAGCCAUGGUGGGGAACAGUGAUAUCAUAGAUGGGCUCAUCAAGGGAGGCUGCGCUCUAGACCUGCAGGACAAGGAUGGCAACACAGCGCUCCAUGAGGUGUCGUGGCAUGGCUUCUGUCAGUCGGUCAAACUGUUGGUCAAGGCCGGGGCUGACGUUCACGCCAGGAACAAGGCAGGAAACACAGCUCUCCACCUGGCCUGUCAGAAUGCCAACGCUAAGAGCGCCCGUGUGCUGCUGCUGGGAGGCUCCAGACCCGACAUCAAGAACAAUGUGGGGGACACCUGUCUGCAUGUGGCAGCACGUUACAAUCACCUGGCCAUGAUCAAGAUUCUGGUGGGCGCCUUAUGCUCUGUUACGGAGAAAAACCAGCUAGGGGACACUGCUCUCCAUGUGGCGGCUGCCCUAAACCACAAGAAAACUGUUCAGCUCCUCCUGGAGGCAGGGACUGACGGCAACGCACGAAACAACGCAGGGAAGACUGCCCUGGACAAGGCCAGAGACUACAACCACAAAGACGUGUCUCUCCUGCUGGCCAGAGCUCCUCAGAUCCACUGUUUCACCAGAGGAAGGACGGUGAGGAUGAAAAGGAACCGGCUGAAGGCAGAACGCAGAACCCAGUCUGUCACCAGGGAAGAAAUGCUGCCCAACAAGGACAGUGGGUACAUGGCUGAGGCAUGUCACAGUAGUGAGCGUAUUGCCAGCAGGGCCGGCCUCAACAGAGCAGGGCUGCCUCACCAUCAUCACCACCGCCUUCACUACAGUAAAACAUCAGUCACCCCAACCAGCCCUUACCACAGAAGGAGAAGAAAUAAGCUUUUCAAAGAACAGGCCUUGGCAGAGGAUACUCCUAGAAGAAGAAUGAACGGUCAUCCCGACCUCCACAGGAAGAGCAGACUGUGUACACAUGAUGAUGAAGUCCCUCCUCCUCACAACGGCAAAAUCUAUCAGCUAUACACCCUGUACCGCGACAAGGACGGCAAUGUCAAACAGGCCCCAGCCAAUGGCUGCCACUGUAAGCCCCUGAUCAAGAGGCUGCAUGGAGAGCUGAAGGCCACUAAAGAGGAGAUGAGGACACAGAUGCUGACAGUUCAGGAGCAAGUCAAUACUAGGCUGGGGAGGAUGGACCGCAAGAGCAAACACCAGAUCAAAGUGCUGGACAUGCUGACCCAGGAGAGGGUGGCAGCAGAGAGGAUGGAGUGUCUCUACAGGAUGAACCAGAGAGCUGCGCAGGGCAGAGAGGAGGCACAGAGGAGACAGCAGGCAGCAGCGACCCAGGAGCUGAAGAGGUGGUGCAUGACUCAGAUCCAGGAUAUGGACCUCCACCUCCCAGCCGACCCCCAGUACUACAAGCUGCUCCCCUCCCCAUCUGUGGAGCAGUCUGUGGGGGACGAUGGAGGCUCAGAGUGCCUCCCCCUGCUCUCUGUCUUCUCUGGGGACAGCAGCAGCUCUCUGGCCACCUACGUCAACCUGCUGCCAUGCCCCUCACCCUCGCCCUCUACCACCCACAAUGCACCACCCAGCCUGGCGAUGGAGCAGGAGCAGGGCCAGGGUCAGGGGUCGGCCAGGAAGUACUUUGAGCUGAAGCUGGACAGAUCGCCAGAUGACUACCAGAACACUACUCUUCUCCCUCUGCCAGCUCACCACCAUCACCCAAGAAUCCUCCUGAGCUCUACCGCCACCAGGUGGCAGCAUCCAGAACUGCACGACAAUCACAUUCCGGGGCUGAUCUGGGAGGGCUGCUCCAGGAGUGUCAGCAGCAGCCAGUCUCCCACCAGCGACUGGAAGCAGGAACGGGGCCAGGACAGCCAUGGCUGGCACCACAGGAAGCACCUCCGGGACCGGAUCAGGACGCGCGGCCUGAUAAGACCACCCAGCGUCGGGACCAGGACCCUGGAGUUCUUCGUGGACAGACCCCCUGAGCCCACAUUCAGCCAGGAGAGAAACAACCUACACGCCAUGGAGGUGACCCAAAGGUUCUUUGAGACAGUGUCCACUCAGCUGGAGUACUGGUAUGAGAGGAAGAUCCAGGAUGCAAAGCGGCAGGCGGAGCUCAGGGCACAGAAGGACAGGGCCGAACUCCUGCAGCGAAUUAGAAGCCUGGAGGAGGAGCUGGAACAACUCAGGAUGACCAAUGGGAGCACAGACAGUUGAUGCCAACCGGGCUAACAUCAUGAGUUUGAGCAGAGAGGAAGAGACGAAGCAAGAGGGUUUACUCUGCCCAAAAUCUGUCCACAAAAGUAAGACCACAAAGUGAGGAAUUUUUGUAUGGAGGACAAUGAGAGUCGAAUUUGGUCAACAAAAACUUUAAUUGCUAAUUUGCUACA